GCGUCUUUCUGUUUUUGCAGAGAGAGGCAGUCCAAGAUGAAAGCAGUCGUAGCRGCGGUACUUAGCRCCRUGUUCUGCACCGUUGUGUCAGCAUCUUCCAGAGUCAAAGAGGAAAGGAGGACGGCCUUCUUCGGCGAGGACGUCCACAUCGAAGUGUCGUCGUGGAGCGACCCGGAGGUCGUGUUCCGACCCAGGACCAACAGCUCCUACGAGGUUCCUCUGCUCCAGGCGGGCCGGGUGAUGAACCCGAACAAGACCGAGCUCAACUCUCUGGGCCACCURGUGCUGAAGGACGUGCAGGAGGAAGACGAGGGGCUGUACAUCAUCAGAAGCGGCAGAAAUGCCAGCAUUUCCAAAAACCUGGUCCUCAGCGUGAGGGACUGCGUUUUGGAGCAGGUUGUAAAGUAUGGAGAAACGUACAUCAUCCACCUGAACCAAAUCGAAGGUCCGAUCACGCUGGAGUUCAGGCCCAGCCUGGUCAGAGUCAAUCAGACGGUGGUCCCUCACACCUCGGAGCCCCCGCCGGUUCUUCUCUACAACCAGAGCGCCGUGUUGGGGGACGACUACGCCGGGCGCCUCAGCGUGUCGGACAGGCAGGUGGUGCUGCACUCGGUCAGGAUGACGGAUGAAGGCAGCUUCACGAUUCUGGACCGGGACGGUCACACCAAGACGAGGAGCUGCCUGAAUGUCAGAGAUCACCAGAGUUUCCUGCAUUUUGCCUACGGAGAGAACCUGAAGAUGAAGCUCUUCCUGCACUACUCCAACCUCAACGUGGUCUACAGGUCCAAACUGGACAACCAGGACCGGGUCAUCGUGAACCAGGGGGUUCUGGUGGCGCCGCUGGACCCGCAGCUGGAGGGCCGGCUCACUGUGGACGGGUCGGAGCUCGUCAUGAAGAAGAUGCAGCCGGCCGACACGGGGCUCUUCAAGGUCACCGACCUGGCUGGCUUCACUGUGGCUCACGUCUACAUAACCGUGGAAGCCUACAAGAUGGCUCCUCUGGCUGUUGCCAUCCUGUCCAUGCUGGGUCUGAUCGCCUUCAUGCUGCUGGUGUGCCUGCUGUCCUGCGUCUAUAAAAUACAUAAAAGAAACGAGAAGAGCAAGAAGCUGACGCUCAUCGCCCAGCAGGCCGGCAAGAAAGACGGGGAAGCUUUCCGACAGGUGGUCCAUGAGGCCUACAGCAGGUUCACUGAAGAGUCUCUGAUGACGUCGGUGUGUGAUAAACCCUCAGAGACCACCGAGGUCACCAUCAAGGUAAAACCUGCGACAGAAGCUGAUAAAAACACUUUAAACUGA